AUGUCUGCAGCUGCGUCGGCGUCGGGCGGGGACACCCCGAAGCAGCUCCUCUCCAUCAUCCGCGACUUCGCCUACGAGAAGUCCCACGGCGAGCGCAGGGUGUCCGACCUCAAGCGGCGCCUCGCCGAUGCGCGCGCCGCGGCAGACGCGGCCGCAGCGGAGCUCGAGGCCGCGAAGCGCGCGCGGGAGGCUGCGGAGCAGGACCUCCGCGGGAGCCAGGUGCAAGCCGCGAUCGCCGCCGACUCCAUCCUUGCGCUAGAGGCGACGAUCUCGCAUCUCCAGGAGGAGAUCUCGAAGGCCGGCACUCAUCUGGACGCGCUCAAAAGCAAGGGAGACAGUGAGAGAGAGGAGUUCAGUAGCAAGAUGUAUGAGAUGAAUGCAAAGAUAAGGCAAUUUCAACAGAUGGCCUCUCUAGAAUUAGCAGAGCACAAUCACUGUGAGCUGCUGUCUACAGAAGGUGAACAUGUCAGAGACAAGAGUAAAACUGUGGACUCAGAAGGCAAUUUGAAAGAGUUGGCAGAUAAGGUGAGCAACGCUGAAGCUGAGGUGCAGAUCUUGGAAGAAGAGUAUAAAAAGGAUCUGCUUGAUCAUGAUAAGGUCCGUCAGGAGCUGGCCGAUGUCCAAGCAAAGAGAGCUCUUAUGGAGGCUGUUAUGGGAGCGACAAAGCAGCUGCAGGAGCUCGGCGAAUAUCCUGAAAUUUAUCUUUCUUUAACCUGGAACACGCGGGCAGCUGAACUGGAGAAGGUGCACGCUUCACUUGCAGAGGAGCUGCAGCGUCGAAUCACAACUGUGGCCUAUGGGAAGCCAACUCUUCUCGUCUCUGCAAUAGCGCUCUUCCUUCCUCCACUCAAUGCAAACCGUGGUGGCACCUUCUCCCCCUCUCCACUCUGA